AUGAAGGAAGCCAGCAGCAGCCGUGUCGGCGGCGCCGGCGCCGGCGCUGAGGACAUCGGUUCCUCGUCCGUGUCCAACAAUUGUUUCCCACAAGAUGAGGGUAUAAGCUCCAGCGAAAUGGACAAUACUGAAUGCUCUGAGACGCCCUCAGAGGUGUCGGGUUCUGAAAGAACAAGACCUGAAGAUAGCAAAAAACCAUCUUCCGUACUUGAUAAGAUAUCUAUUAAAAAGAAGCUAAAAUUGUUCAGUCGAAUGACUACACUAAAAGAUGAUGGAACUGUAGUUGUCGAUAUCCCCACUAAUAUUGAAGCUGCAUCACUUGAUCUUCCUUCAGGGGAUCACCACAAUGUGGCCUUUGGUGGUGAACCAUUGGACUCUUCAGAUCUUCAGCACAGGCCACCAAUGCAAAUUGCUAUGCUGAUUGUUGGUACAAGAGGGGAUGUGCAGCCAUUCAUAGCUAUAGGAAAACGUUUGCAGGACUAUGGUCAUCGUGUUAGAUUAGCAACCCAUGCCAACUUCAAGGACUUCGUGAUGACUACUGGGUUGGAGUUUUAUCCCCUUGGUGGAGAUCCAAAAAUUCUUGCUGGAUACAUGGUUAAGAACAAAGGAUUCUUGCCUGCAACUCCAUCAGAAAUUCCUAUCCAGCGCAAGCAGAUUAGGGACAUCAUAUUCUCCUUGCUUCCUGCUUGCAAGGAUCCGGACAUUGAUACUGGUGUUUCUUUUAGUGCGGACGCCAUAAUAGCUAAUCCAGCAGCAUAUGGACAUGUACAUGUGGCAGAGGCUCUCAAUAUACCGAUUCACAUAAUUUUCACAAUGCCGUGGACGCCUACCUGUGAAUUUCCGCAUCCUUUCUCUCAUGUGAAGCAACCUGCUGGAUAUAGACUUUCAUACCAGAUUGUUGACUCUUUUGUCUGGCUUGGCAUAAGGGAUAUGAUAAAUGAUCUCCGAAAACGGAAGCUGAAAUUGAGACCAGUUACAUACCUAAGUGGUACACAUGCUUAUUCGAAAGAUAUUCCUCAUGCAUAUAUCUGGAGUCCUUACCUUGUCCCCAAACCAAAAGACUGGGGACCUAAAAUUGAUGUUGUUGGAUUUUGUUUCCUUGAUCUUGCUUCAAAUUAUGAGCCUCCCGAGCCCCUUUUGAGGUGGUUAGGGAGUGGUGACAGUCCUAUUUAUAUUGGAUUUGGUAGCCUUCCAAUUCCAGAACCAGAUAAGUUAACAAGAAUCAUUGUCCAAGCACUUGAAAUUACUGGACAGAGAGGUAUCAUUAACAAGGGUUGGGGCGGGCUUGGAAAUUUGGAAGAAUCGAAGGAAUUUGUGUAUGUACUUGAUAAUGUUCCACAUGAUUGGCUCUUUUUGCAAUGCAAAGCUGUGGUACACCAUGGUGGUGCUGGCACUACUGCUGCUGGUCUUAAGGCUGGGUGCCCCACUACCAUCAUACCAUUCUUUGGCGAUCAAUUCUUUUGGGGCAGCAUGGUGCAUGCCAGAGGAUUGGGGGCACCACCUAUACCUGUGGAGCAAUUACAAUUGCAUUCACUGAUUGAUGCAAUUAAAUUUAUGAUUGAUCCAAAGGUAAAGGAACGAGCUGUUGAGCUAGCAAAGGCAAUGGAAUCAGAAGAUGGUGUUGAUGGGGCUGUAAAAUCCUUUUUAAAACAUCUUCCACAGAAAAGGGAUUCCGAGACGACGCCAACUGCACCACAGUCAACAUUCAUGCGACCGCUGCUUCUCCCUGUAAAGAGGUGUUUUGGCAUGGCAUCCUAA